AAUUCAAACAUUAUUAAUAUCAAAGAAAAUUAAUUCAAUUAAAUUUAAAUUUAGUGCCCUUCUUCCUUCGAUUCUCAUCACUUUCCUUCCAUUCCAAGGCUUUCGAUUCUCCAUCUGAGUCAACUCACCGGAGCUCCUCCAAUCAUGUUCAGAUUUUGGGGAUCACAGGAGCAACAGUCUCAGCCCCAUCAACAAGAUAGCUCUACACAGUCCUGGUAUCCUCCAUCUGUUAGCUCCCCGAGUUCAUCUCGCCCUGAAACACCUAGGACCAUGUCUUCCAGCAGCUUCAGUUCACAAAGGCCUACUGACAGGCCACAGUCUCCGGCACAUGUUUCACCUGCUGAAGCAGCAGGUAUAAUUGCUGUCCUGAAGGAUAAAAGUGUUGAUGAGUUGCGGAAGCUUUUGUCUGACAAGGAUGCAUACCAUCAGUUCCUGUUGUCCCUGGAUCAGGUUAAAAUUCAAAACAAUCUACGAGAUGAACUCCGGAAAGAAACUCUGCAGUUAGCAAGAGAAAACUUGGAAAAGGAGCCACGUAUUAUGGAGCUCAGAAACCAGUGCAGAAUUAUCAGAACCACCGAACUGGCUACUGCUCAGGAGAAAUUAAAUGAACUAGAGAGGCAAAAGGAAGAAACGUUAAAGCUCUGUUCUCCUGCUUCCCUCUUUCAAAGGCUUAAAGAAGCGAUGAACAAGGUGGACGAAGAAUCUGAAACGCUGCACGAGCAGCUCCUUGAAAAGGAGAUUGAUAUUGGAGCUUUUGUGCAGAAAUACAAAAAGCUCCGCACUACCUAUCACAAAAGAGCACUCAUUCACCUUUCAGCUAGAACAAAUACAGUUAGUUAAACUGGUUGUGACUGUACACUUUUGAAUAAUUUGGGAUUUGCUUUUUUCAAACAAAUCAAUGAACUAUAAAUCUCUCCUUUUUUGGAGAGGAGUGAUUGGAGGGUAA